UGGCGGGACAGAACGUCGAGAGCCGCCGCCCGGCUGCGCGUGGAUGGAGGUGGCGGAGCCCGCGCCGCGCCGGGAGUGAGCGGCGGAGCGGCCAGACCUCAGCGGAUUCGCCAUGGAGGAGGAGGGCGUGAAGGAAGGGGGUGAGAAGCCACGUGGAGCGCGGACAGCAGACAAGGCCGGCUGGAUUAAGAAGAGUAGUGGAGGUCUCCUGAGUCUCUGGAAAGACCGCUACUUGCUUCUCUGCCAUGCCCAACUCCUGGUCUACGAGAACGAGGACGAGCAGAAGUGUGUGGAGACAGUGGAGCUCGGCAGCUAUGAGAAGUGCCAGGACCUUCGUGCUCUCCUCAAGCGGAAACACCGCUUUAUCCUGCUGCGAUCCCCAGGGAACAAGGUCAGUGACAUCAAAUUCCAGGCACCCAGUGGGGAGGAGAAAGAAUCCUGGAUCAAAGCCCUCAACGAAGGAAUCAACCGAGGCAAGAACAAGAUCCUUGACGAGGUAAAGGUGGACAAGAGCUGUGCCCUGGAGCACGUGACACGGGACCGGGUACGGGGAGGCCAGCGGCGCCGGCCACCUACGAGAGUCCACUUGAAAGAAGUGGCCAGCGCAGCUUCUGAUGGGCUUUUGCGCCUGGACCUUGAUGUUCCGGACAGCGGGCCACCAGUAUUUACCUCCAACGAUGAUAUCAGUGCAGCCCAGCCCCGAGAGAAGCUUCGGCCCCCCAUGCCUCCCACCAAGCCUUCAUCGGCACUGGAGAUGGCCAGCCUUGGUGACAGGGUGGAGCCACCUGCGGGAGAGAGAGCUCCAACCCCCAUCUCAGCAAGCACCGAGACCUACCCUGAGAGCCAAGAGGACUCAGAGACCCCAGCCGAGGAGGACAGAGGCCCCGAGCAGCCUCCCAACAGGAUCCUGUCUGACAAACUGAAGGUGAGCUGGGAGAACCCCAGCCCUGAGGAGCCCGCUGCUCCUGAGAGUGCAGGAGCACCCCAGCUACCCUGUUCUGAGACAUCUGAGGCUACCCCCAAGGAGGGUGGGAAGCCCCCUACGCCCCCACCCAAGAUCUUAUCGGAGAAACUGAGAGCUUCCAUGAGAGGCGUGGCAGCUUCUGAGCCGGCCCAGAGUCCUGGGGUCCCUGAGAUCUCUGCCCCAGGUCCAGCCCAGGUCUCAGUGAAUGGCAUAGAUGACAGCUCUGAGGCCGCCAAGCUAUCCAAGGCCACGGCCACCCCAGGAACCCACCAGAAGGAUGCAACAAUGUCUACCACACCGUCUCUCUGGGACCCGCCGCCUCAGUCCCGUCCCCGCCGCUUCUCCUUUGGGAACCUGCUUGGGGAGGGCUCCCAGGAUCCACAGCAGCCCAGGGAGCGGCUGUAUCGUGCUGAGCUGGAGGUGAGGGUGGCCUCAGAACAGACGGAGCAACUGUUGAACGAGGUACUGGACACUCAGCCAGCCACUGUGAGCGCCAAAACACUGCUCAGCCAGGCUGUGGAGCAGCUGAGGCAGGCCACUCAGGUCCUGCAGGAAAUCAGAGAUUUGAGGGAACUGAGCCAGGAAGCACCUGGGCUAAGGGAGAAGCGGAAGGAGCUGAUGACCCUCUACAGGAGAAGUGCACCCUAGGGCCUGCUGGGCCAGAGGCAUAGUUCCUCCUGGCGGACCCAGUCCAUCAAAGCCCAGCCCCGUAAGAAGUGAGCUUCUGCUCAGACUGUGGAAGGGCCACUGGGCGUGUUGGGAUUCUUCCAGGAACUGCUGAGACUCCUGGGUGUCCUUCCCACCCUGGCUUGGGCAGGCCAGUGGUGCCAGCUACCACCCAGGCCACUGCCUAGCUAUCUGGCUUGGUCUCCAGGCUCUGGGUUUGUGAGCUCGCGUGGUUGUUUGGAAUGCCCCAGGGCUUUGGCAUAGUACCUGGGGUUUCUGGGGGUGGCAUCAUCUCUGUUCCCCACCCUCAGCAGUUUACAUUCCUGACUUUUGAAUAGAGCACAGCUGAGCCCCUCUGCAGCCCCCAUCUGCAGACAUUCCUAGGCAGGAACCCUUAUGGCAGAGGUCGCCUUAAAGCCAACCCUUCUCCCACCCCCACCCACCUGUUCCGAGUAGCUGCAGAGCCCUGGGCCCAGGCCAGGGGCUCAAUUCACCCCUCAGCCGGGUGAGACCUGGAACCCAGAUGGGCCUCUCAAGGCAGGCAGAAGGCAGUCCUGCUGAAGCCGUAGCAGUGUAGCCUCUCUCUGGGCCUGUGUUUCCUUUUCUGCAAAAUGAAAUUUUCUGCAGGCCCUUCCCCUCUUGUGAGCUAUGAUUGGAGGGCUUAGAUCUGGAGGACUCCAAGGCGGAGGAGUUCAGCCUUCCGCAUUUCUGAAGAGGCAAACCUCAGAGUGGCCCUGAAGUCAACCUCAGAGAGACCCGUAUGUAAUGACCGUAAACCAACCUUCGGAAGAUAACCCCCAAAUUCUGUGCCUCCCCCCCAAAAAAAGGGUUUAUAACUGGGUCUCUGGUUCCUUCUCAACCCAAA